AGGGUGCCGCCACCACUGCAGCACUCCCUUGGUCUUUGCCCAGCUGCUCGACUGCCCAGCUUGGUCCAGUUGCUGCUACCAGCAGUCUCUCAGCCUCUCCACCUCCACGAUGCUCCGCCUGGAUCCACUGAGUACGGAGUGGGACAAUCCCCUGGGAUCCAAGGACCUGGAUGGAAAGGAAGGACCAUGGAAUGGAGGCACUGGCCUGCCACCUGCAGGCUGCUUCCCCGGGCCCUGGCGCCAGAAUGUUAGCCUGGACUGCAAGGGCUCCCCAGAAGAGCCUGAGGCUCGGGCCUGGACUGUGUACUACUAUGGCCUCCUUCAGAGCUGUCUGCAGCAAGCUGGCCUUCCUGAGACCCAGGAUCGCAGCCAGGCACCUCGUACAGGCUGCCCUGGGGCAGAGGUGACCUUGUGCAUUCUGGGUUCCCCCAGCGCCUUCCUAUCUCUGUUGCUGGAGGGUGGGGUCCAGAGCCCUGGAAACAUGCUCCUUUGCUUGUCCCCCGCCUGGCUGAUGAAGGUGGCUGAUCCAGGCCAAGAGGGUGAGGCAUCUCUGCUGGUCUCCAAGGCUGUGAGCUUCUAUCCAGGGGGCCUGACAUUCCUGGAUGAUUUUGUUCCCCCUCGGCAUGCCACCUACUUCCUGGCAGGCCUGGGGCCAGAAUCUGGCCAUGGCAAGGAGGCAGCAGAGCUGGCUCGGAACCUCACUUGCCCCACAGGAGCCUCAGCAGAGCUGGCAGGACUGCUGGAGGACCGGCUGUUGAUGAGGUGGUUGCUGUCCCAGCAGAGUGGCGUGGCUGUGCCAGCUACCCUGGCUUUCAUGUACAGGCCUCCGGGGUUGCUUCAGGGAGGGGAUGCCAGCCCUGGACUACGGCUAGUGGAGCUGAGUGGGAAAGAGGGCCAGCAAACACUGGUGAAGGAGGAAGUAGAGGCCUUUGUGCACUCCGAGGCCUUGGGUGAUGCGUCACAGGUGGCUGUGAGGCUCAGUGGCUGGCGCUGGCGGGGACAGCAGGCAUUGCAUCUGCACCUGCGGGUGGAGCCAUCUGAAGUGGUGAACACAGUGAUGGCAUUGCUGGAGAAGCUGGAGGAAGAGGAGAGUGUCCUCGUGGAGGCCAUGUGCCCACCUGCCCGGCUGCCCUUACCAGGCAGUCCUGCGGCAGGCCCUGAGCUGGCUGUGCGUAUCUGUGCAGUGGUGUGUCGGAUUCAGGGUGAUAGACCCCUACUAAGCAAGCUGCACUGUGGUCAGGUGGUGUGCGGCGUGGGCCGUGGGGACCAGCUCCUGCAGCAUCACAACACCCUGCCGAGGACACUGGGGGUGGCGCUGGCCCAGUGCGGCCUCGAAGAGGCGGCGCAGGUGGCGCUUCUGGAACAGCGCAUCAAAGGAACAGCUGAAGCCGCGAUGGCCGCAGUGCUGGCCCUGGAGGCCGGGUUGAGUGCUGAGCAGCGUGGUGGGCGCCAAGUGCACAUCGACUUCCUCGGCGUGGACUUCGUUCUCACAGUGGCGGGCCGCACGCUGACCCCCACGGUGCUUAAGCUGAACAGUGGCCGGUGCCUGGAGGCGUGCGGCGCGCUUGAGGGGCUGUGGGCCGCACCGCGCCUGGGACGCUCAGUGGAGGAGGCGGCGGCAGCACCGCUGGUGGAGACCAUGCUACGGCGCUCGGGGCGCCGCCUCAUGGACGGGAAGCAGCUGCUGGUGAUCGGCGCCGGCGGCGUCAGCAAGAAGUUCGUGUGGGCGGCUGCGCGCGACUACGGAUUGAAGCUGCACCUGGUGGAAUCGGACCCCAACCACUUUGCAUCCCAGCUGGUGCAGACCUUCAUCCACUUCGAUGUGACUGAGCACCGGAGAGAUGAGGAGAACGCACAGCUGCUGGCUGAGCUGGUACGGACACGCAACCUGAAGCUAGAUGGCUGCUUCUCCUUCUGGGAUGACUGCUUGGUGCUUACUGCUCUGCUCUGCCGUGAGCUGGGUCUGCCCUGCAGCCCCCCAGCUGCCAUGUGCCUGGCCAAGCAGAAGAGCCGUACCCAACUACACCUGCUGCGUUGCCAGGGCCCACCCUGGCCUGCAACUUCCCUCCAUGCUGUGGCCUGCUGUCCAUUGGAGAGUGAGGCUGAUGUGGAGAGAGCCAUCUACCAGGUCCCCCUGCCAGGUGUGAUGAAACUGGAAUUUGGGUCAGGAGCAGUGGGCGUACAGCUGGUGAAGGAUGGGCCACAGUGCCAUGAGCACUUUUCCCGGAUCCUCCAUGACUUGCAGGGUGAAGCUGACCACCCGGGCAUUGGACUGGGCUGGGGCAAUGCCAUGCUGCUGAUGGAAUUUGUCGAGGGCACAGAACAUGAUGUGGACCUGGUGGUGUUUGGUGGACGGUUGCUGGCUGCUUUUGUCUCUGAUAAUGGACCCACAAGGCUACCUGGUUUCACAGAGACUGCAGCCUGCAUGCCCACUGGGCUAGCACCAGAGCAGGAGGCCCAGAUGGUGCAGGCAGCUUUUCGCUGCUGUCUAGGCUGUGGGUUGCUGGAUGGGGUUUUCAAUGUGGAGCUCAAGAUGACUGGGGCUGGGCCAAAGCUCAUCGAGAUCAACCCUCGAAUGGGAGGAUUCUACCUCCGAGACUGGAUCCUGGAGCUCUAUGGUGUGGAUUUGCUGUUGGCUUCGACCAUGGUAGCCUGUGGCCUGCAGCCCGCCCUGCCUGCCCACCCUCGUGCCCGUGGCUACCUGGUGGGCAUCAUGUGCCUGGUGUCCCAGCACAUAGAGCUGCUGAGCUCCCCUAGCAGUCGAGAGACUCUGCAGGCCCUCCAUGACCAGGGUCUAUUGCGACUCAACCUGCUGGAGGAGGCCCUGAUACCUGGCCAGUAUGAGGAGCCUUACUGCAAUGUGGCCUGUGCUGGGUCCAGCCCCGCUGAGGCCCGUCUCCGCCUGCUGGGCAUUUGUCAGGGCUUGGGCAUUGACAGGCCCAACUACCCAGUUGCCCAUUUCCUGUCUCAUUUCAAAUAGCGAGGAUUAAGUGCUAGGGGGAGGGUUGUGGAGCUCUGUUUUCCCGCCCCUCCCUCUUUCUAUCACCUUGCCCAAAACCUAGUUCAGCACACUACUCUGCCUCAGGUCUAUUCCAAAGCAGUACAGCCAUUUUGACAUCAUAGCCUUCUGGACUCAAGGACCAUAAAAUAAGUAUCUGGACAUUUCUAGGUCCUCUUGCCUUCCCAAAAGCCUUCAUCUAGUCCCAGGUAUCCCCAGGACUCUAGUGCUGUGGAAUAUCACUUUAACUAGGCAAAGCUGUGUUACAUGUAUUUAUGUUGUGGA